AUGGCAACCUCAGUCAUAACAUACAACGGCGACCUCCUUGUCCGAGAGUCGCCCAGACAAGGCAUCCAGCGACGGAGGACUGGGCCGACUGAGAAGCGGAAUGCCUUGAGACGAAACAUUCGAACUCUGGUGGGAUUCUGGGAGCAGAUACAUGAGACGAAGGGUGCUCUUUUGCAUGUAUUGGCUGGCGGAAAUGGCGAGACUACGCUGCAACCUAGCGGCCAUGCUCGGAAGGAGCUUUUCCAACCAAUGCGAAUACCCGAUGCGGACAUCUCACCACCACCAUCAUAUCAGGAAUCUCUGGACGAUCUACCUCCAGAUUACACAGACGGCCUGGCCCGUGUGCAAUGCCACGAAUAUGCUGCAUUUGCACCGGAGAAAGGUAUACUGCUAGUAUCUACUCGUGAAUCACAAAACACAGAUGUAGACCUCACAUCAACAGAAGGCUUUCGCGAACAUGCGAAGAAGAAAGCCAAAGCAGCCGCGAAGGCUGCUCAGAAAGACAAAUGGGCAGAGAGCGGCGACGAGGGAGAGAAGGCAGAAGGCGACGCUGGAGAUGGUGCUGGCGACGGAGCAGGUGGUGAUGGAGAUGCCGGCGCAGGAGAUGGUGCAGGAGAUCCACCAGGCGGAGGCGACGGAGGUGAUGCUGGAGGAGACGACGACGACUGGGCAGGAGCAGGCAAGAAGGGCAAGAAAAAGAAGAAGAAGAAUGCCUGGGAACUAUACGAGGAGGAGGAGAAGCAGAAAGAGGAAGAAGCAAAGAAGGCCGAGGAAGGCGACGCUGCUAUGGAAGCUCCUGCGGCUGCCGAGCCGGAUCCUGCGGACGAUUGGGGUUCUUUCGCGGCUAUGGGUAAGGGCAAGAAGGGCAAGAAGGGCAAGGGUGCGCCUGAGGCGGAAUCUGAGCCGCCGGCUGUGCUUGACACGAUUGAUCUUGGAGCGAGUGGAACGCUUGAUACGCCUGCUGCUGAUGCUAACCCGGAUGACGAAUGGGGUUUUGGUGGUGGAAAGAAGAAGAAGGGGAAGAAAGGAAAGAACGAUCCCGUACCGCCACCCCCUCCUGCUGCGCCCGCGGCUGACAACGAUAUGAAGUUUGAUGAUGUCAAUCUCUACGACGAUCAGAGCGCUCCGAAACUCGACCUCGAUUUCGGGUUAGGAUCUGCGGCGCCGGCUGCCGACAGCAAGUCGUCUGGGUUCAGCUUUGGUGGAGGUUGGGGCGGAGGAUGGGGAUCAGGCGGUGGUGGUGGUACUACUGGUGGAACAUCGUGGGGAUUCGGUGGUGCGGAGGAGAAGAAAGAGGAGGCGCCACCGCCUAUGGAUGAUAAUUGGGGGUUUGGGGCGUCGAAGAAGGAUAAGAAGAAGAAGAACACUGGGUUUGACUUUGACUUUGAAGAUGAUACCAAAGGUGGUGAUGGUGCUGCGAUGGCUGAUAUCGCAUCGCCAUUGAAGGAGGAGCCGGCGGCGGAGGACCCUUGGAGUUUUGGUGCGACGGCGAAGAAGGAUAAGAAGAAGGGCAAGAAAGGUGCUGCUUUUCUUGACCCGGAUCCUGUACCUGAGCCGGAGCCUGCGCAUGUCUUCACGCCAGACCCGAUCGCUGAGGCCGAGAAACCUGCAGAGGAGGAUCCUUGGGGUUCCUUCGCGACAGCCAAGGACAAGAAGAAGGCCAAGAAAGCUGGUAAAGGUGCCUUGAUCGAAGAGAAGGUGGAGGAGCCUCCCAUGAUCGAAGUACCUCCACCUCCACCUCCAGCUGCCGAGCCAGAGAACGCUGCGACAGAUGACUUCGCAGGAUGGGGUACGUCUGGCAAGAAGGACAAGAAGAAGAAGAAGGGUGCCGCGACGGGCUUUGAUUGGGGCGCACCUGCUGACGAGCCUAUCGUGGAGGUCCCUCAACCUCCACCUCCACCUCCUGCUCCUGUCGAACCACCCCCUAGCGAUGACAUGUGGGGUAGCUUUGGCGGUGCAAAGAAGGACAAGAAGAAGAAGAAAGGCGCUGUGUCUGCAUGGGAUGAUCCGGUCGCAGAAGAACCUGCCGCGAUAGAUGUUCCUCCUCCACCACCGCCAGUGGAAGAGCCAGCGCCGAUCGUUGAAGACCCUUGGGGUGGGUUGACAAGCGCAAAGGAUAAGAAGAAGGCUAAGAAAGGUGGAAAGGUUGUCGAAGCACCUCCACCACCACCACCAGAGCCAACACCACCUGCGGUAGAGGAAAAGAAGGCCGAUGAUGAUUGGUUUGGUGGUUGGGGCAAGGAUAAGAAGACUUCUAAGAGCAAGACCAUCGAUUCGCAUAUUGAUCCACCAAUGGACGAUUACAACAGCCUGCAACCUGACGCCGUGAUCGAGCCGAAGGCGGAGGAUGAUUUCAUGAGUAGCUGGACGACUGGCACGAAGAAGAAGGGUUUGAAGAAGGACAAGGUGAAAGGUAUUGUCGAGGUUGAUCCGAGUCCAGGCGCAUCUGUCCUUCAGCCGGAAGAAGUCCAGGAUAAGUCAGCUGAGGAUGACAUGUGGGGCACUUUUGGCAAUGUUGGCAAGAAGGAGAAGAAGAAGGUCGGCAAAAAAGAUGUCGCUGCUGCGCCCGUCGCGGCCGUGGUCGAUAUCAUUGCUGAGCCAGCGCUGGUCGAUCUCAUCGAUGCGCCUCCAGCUGAUGAUCCUUGGGCUGCCAUGUCCAGUGGCAAGAAGGACAAGAAGUCCACCAAGAAAGGCAGUAAAGUCGAGCCGGCGCCUGUCGUGGAAGUGCUUUCCAAAACAAAGUCGAAGGAUUCGAAGUCAUCGAAGGUGGAGUCUCCAGAUGAUAUCGUGGCGAUUAUUGACGAGGUACCCUCGCCUCCGCCGGCGGAGUCUCCGAAGGAAGAGAAGAAGUCUUCUUCGAAAUCUGGCUGGGGCGCUUCGUUGUGGGGCGGCAAGUCCUCGUCAAAGUCUUCUUCGAAAGACAAGGAGAAGGAAGCCAAGGAGAAGGACAAGGCGGAAGAUGAGGCAAAGCGGAAGGCCGAAGAGGAUGCCUUUGCUGCCGCGCUUGGUGAUGACCCGAACGAUAUUCUUGCUAUUAUUGACGAAGCACCGCCCAAGAAGUCCUCGUCUUCGUCAAAGGACAAGGACAAGGAUAAGGACAAGGACAGCAAGAAGAAGAGCGACAAAUCUUCGUCGAAGCUGGACAGUAAAUCCAGCAAGAAGAGCGCGCCCAUCGUCGAAGAACCAGCAUUUGAUGCAUUUGAUGAUUUGCUCGACCCACCCGCGCCACCAGCCGAAGAGGGUGGGUCGGCGGCAGGGUGGGGAUUCUGGGGUGCAUCGCUAAAGUCCUCGACCACGAAAUCUGGCAAGCAAGCUACGAAUGAUCCCGCGUCUAAAUCUAAAAAGGAGAUUGCCUUCGACGCCUCAGCCAAUCACGGGUACGGAAUUUCCGAGCUACCGAAGAUGCCAGAAGCGCCUGUGCUCAAGUCAGCAACGUCGCCUGUUGGAAAGGCCGCGACGACUAAGGAGAGCAGCAGCAGCAGCAGCAGCAAAUCUAAGACUUCACCCACAGCGACAAAGAGCAGCAGUAUUCAGGAUCGUAUUAAAGCGUUGCAAGGUGGUGAUAGUCUUGCUGCAUCCGAGUCAGCAACCAAGAAACUCUCGGAUUCCAAAAAGUCGAGGUACGCGCCUGCCCCGCCUGAGCCGGAACCUGAGAUUGUACCGGAGCCUGAACCUGUCGUUAUUGUCCCACCGUCGCCGGAAGAAAGAAGAUCAUCGAAGAAGAGUACCACCAAGUCGUCCUCGUCGAAGAAAAUCAAAGACUUGUCGCCGCCACCCACCGUCGUCUUGCCCGAACGACCGCGCGGAUCUAACUCACCGUUACCAGGAGGCUUCCCGGCCGACGAUAUUCUUGAUCUCGAUAUGCCCAAGUCGUCACCUAAGUCUUCAUCCAAGGAUAAGAAGUCUUCCAAGUCAUCUUCUAGCAAGAAGGAGAGCAAGUCGUCGAGAUCUGUUGAUCCUGUCAUCGUUGACGCGCGUGAGCCUAUGGAUGACCUGCUUGGUCUGGACGAGCCUUCGACCAAGCUGCCUACGCCGCCACCAGAGAAGGGAAGCAAGGACGAUUCGAGAGGCCACAAGAAGGAUCGGCCCAAGGUCGUGCGCGAUCAGGGCUCCAGUUCGUGGGGCUUUUGGGGCGCGACGCCGCCACCCAAGUCGAGUGCGAAGAAAGAAAAGGAGAGCUUGCCUUCGCCAACCAAGGAGCGUCCAUCUGGUCUCAGCAGGUCCAAGUCUGCGCGCAAGUCCUCCGACAAGGAUCCCAUGGAAAAGGCGUCCAAGUCUUCUGGCUCAGAUAAGGAUGCAAAGUCCACGUCAAAGCGACCCAGCACUUCUCGUGGACAAAGCUUCGGCGCUAUGUUCGGCAUGGCCUCCACGCCAUCAAGGUCCAAGUCUACGCGCGUUUCGUCGUCGCGCCGACAGUCGAAUGCGAUGGACGACAGUGGGAUGCUCUCGCCACCACCGGAAGACCGCUCCAAGCCUGAUGUCUCCGACAAAGCUGCCAAGCUGAUGGGCAUGUCGCGCAGCAAGUCUACGCGCGAUAAGCCGAAGCAGCGCAAGGUUCCGGACCCAUAUGCCAUUGACAGCGAUGACAUGAUCGUUGUUGACGAGCCUGAAGACUCUGCCAAGGAUGUCCCACGUGGCUCGCGAGAGUCUCGAGACAAGGAUAGGAAGUCCCGUAGAAGUAAGCGCGAGUCUACUUUGAUGUCUGGUGGGCUUGGUGCUGAGGACGAUGCUGUCAUGGUGGAUGCACCGCGUGGCAUGGAUGAUGGCAAGGCUGACGAUCUUGCUUUCGAUGUCCGUCCGCCGCUGGUCAGGCGUGCGACUACGAGCACCAAGAAGACCGGCCUGAUGGGCGGUCUGCUUGGUGCGUUUGGUUCGAAGGCGGCUACACCGGACAGGCGUCAGGCAAAGACCUAUGAGAGCGAGGAUGGCGGCCGCAAGCGUGGGUCUGUCUACGACGAUGACCGCUCGAAGCGUCUCCGACGAGACGAUCGCAAGGUCGGGAGAUCACGCAAGCCCUCCGAUGCCGACGGAAUGGCCGAUGGCGCAGCAGCAAUGACCGAAGACGAGAUCGCAGCCAAGGAAGCUCGCCGAGCCGAGCGCAGAGCCAAGCGGGACCAGGAAGCCGCCGAGGAAGAAGCAAGAUCUGCCCGCCGCCGAGAACGCGAAGAUGCCCGCAAAGUCAAAGCACUCGAGGACGAAGAACGCCUCCGAGCCGAAGACGAAGAACGCGAGGCCCGACGCAAAGAAGAACGUCGUGUCAAGCGCGCUGAACGCGAAACCCGUCGAGCAGAGGAAGACCGUCUCGCUGCAGAAGAAGAAGCCAAAGCAGUCGAGCGCCGCGAACGCCGCCGUGAGCGCCAACGCCAGGAAGAAGAAGUAGCAGGUGCUCCACCAUCCCGGCCCAAGACUUCCGACCGCAGACGCUCCUACGCCGUCGACGCACCAGUCGAAGAUGAAGAAGCCCGUCGGAUUCGCCGCGAGGAAAGGCGUUUACGUCGCUCCGUCGAUCCGGCCGCCAUCACACCCAUGAAAGAAGAUCGUCCCCGUGCCUCACGUCGCAGAUCAGAUUAUCCUGCCCCAGUCGAAGGCUACUUUGACAAGCGCAACGGUGAGCCUCCUCUCCACUCACGAGCGAACGAUGUCUAUGGAGCCGAAGCUGACGGUCGCGCCCCUCCCGUCAAGACCGGAGGUGAUAAGACAGCUUCCUGGGUGCACAUGCUCAAUGCCUCUCCCCCGCCGCCUCCGCCUCUCGAGGGCACGAUUGUAGAUGCCCCGGUGCAUUUCGGUGCGGAGGAUGAUGGGGUUCCGGAUUUGCAUCCUUUUGAACAGGAUGGCGACGGUGAUGAGGGGGCGACGACGGCGAGGGUGUUGAGACAUCAUAAAGUCCGCGAGGGCCAGAGCGUGGAGACGGAAGAUCAGUUGCGGAGGCGGCAGAGGAGACGGGAGAGGCGCGAGGGUGGCGGGGUGAGGAGUUCGGAUGGGGAUGCGACGGGGAGUUCGUAUGAUCAGCAGAUGAGACGGAGUAUGGGGGGUCCAGUCAACAGUUUGGGGAUGAACGAGAUGGGUGGGGGGAAAGGGUGGGAUGGCGGCAGGCCUGCGGGGCCGCAGAGGAGUGAUUCGAAGAGGGGGAGUUGGUUUAAGCGGGUUGCUGGGUUUUGA